AUGUUAAUCGAAGGAAUCGGCGAUGACGUCAUUUUUGUUGUUGGUUUUCUAUUUUUUGGCUGUAUAAUUUUACUUGCUUGGUUAUCAACAGAUGUUAGUCACAUUCAUUUUCCUACAACUUUGUUUAUCAUUGAAAGACGCAGUCGUCGACGAAAUAGUCAGCACAUUACAACUGAACCUGCAUCUAAUAUUCAACAACAAACCGAAGAACAACGACAAGAACGUGAUACAAAUGAUCAUAAUACACUUAUGAGAGAAACAAUCACUCAAGCACUCAAUUAUGAAUUAGAAGAUCAUCAUUUUCCAUCUGGAAGUGAAACACAGACUGAAGUUGAUUCUGAUUUAGAAUCAAGUGAAAAUGAAGAAUCAUUUUUAUCCGAUCAAUUAUUGACUAAUACCACUCAGUCAUCUUUUGUCGUGUGUAAUGACUCGAAUCAAUUAUCACAAGAUAGAAGUGCGAUCGAAUGUAAUGAUCAAUCCAAACGAAGUCAAACUAAUGAUAUAAACAGUAGUAACAACGAUAGAACAACGAACAAUGGUAUAACUCCAGUAGUAGACGAAAAUUCAUUACACAUUUUAAUCAAAUUUUUAAAUGAUACACAAAAAGCAAUUGUAGCCAGUCCAAAUGAUACAAUUUCAACAGUAAAAAGAAUGUAUUUUUCUGAUGAAUUGGCUAAUAAUAAAAGUGUAAGAUUUAUUUAUCAAGGUCGUGUAUUAGAUGAUAAAUAUACUCUACAAUCGUACAAUAUCAAAGAUCAAACAACGAUUCAUUGUCAAAUUUCACAAAUAAGACAACCACCAUCAAUAGCACAAGAACAACAAAAUAAUUCUCAAACAUCAUUUGAUCAUUCAUUUAUCGAUUCAUCACCCAUUGAUACAUCAUCAUUUUUUAUUUUAUUAAUUGGUUUAUUACUCGGAUUUGUUUGGUUUUUACGUGUUAGAUGUCGUCAAUUAUUUACACCCAUAUCAACUCUAAUGUUAAUUAUAAUCACACUUAUGUAUUUAAUUUUUACAUUUGGUACAUAUGUAUCACCUCGAUUAAGACAAACAACACGAACAAUUUCUGUUACAUCAACAUCUUCACAAAUACAACAUAUGGAUGAAAAACUUCGACAAGAUAUCUAUCGUAUUUUAUCGUCAUUAUCUUGUCCAUAUAUAAAAUUAUCUAUAAAAAUUUUUGAUAAUGUUCAAAAUAAUAUUCGAAUAUUUUUAUGGUUAUUGGAUCGUUAUGAUAAACAAUUAUAUGAAAAAUUGAGUAGCACUCGUAUAACAGAUAUUCAAUUGAUAAAAGAAUUUUGUGCACAAGCAUGUUUAUUUCCAUUUGAAUUACUCAAUUAUUUUGAUAAAAUAUGGUCAAUAACAUCGCAAACGACAACAACAACAACAGAUGAUAAUCCAAAUGAAAAUUAUCAUAUUGGCGAAUUACUCUUCCGUUAUAUGAACACCUAUAAUUAUCAUUAUUUAAAAGUACAUUCAUUGAAACCAACUAUUACAAUGAUAGACAUACAAUUAGGGCUAAUUGAAUAUGUCGUUGAUAUAAACAAUUGUUCAAAUUUAAUUAAUAGUGACGAUGGAAAUAAAAUUAUAAAAUUUUAUCAGAAUAUGUGGGAACAACGUGAAAAAUUAGAAAUGUUUGAAAAUUUUGCUAUUGAUGAACAACAACAUAUAAAAACAAACGCAAAAAUAAUAGAAUAUUUAGACGAUAUUACACAAGAUAUCGAUCAUCAGUUUUCAAAUGAUUUAAAUGAAGCAUUAAAAACAAUCAAAGAUGAACUAAUUCUAAUAAAACAGAAUAAUGCUGACAAACAACAACAAAUGCCACCACAAACAAUAUUAACUACGGAACAACAGCAAAAUUAUGCAAAACAAUUGGAUUUAUCUAUGAAUGAUUGGAAUGAAUUUUAUAAAAAAUUUAAAUCAAUUAUACCAACUACAUCAUCAACUACCACUAAUCACUCAACAACUUGUCCAUUAAUAGAAAUAAACAAGCACAAUAUUGAUUCUAUAUUAAAAAUAAAUCGUCUGAAUGAUAUUAAUAGUCGAACAGAUAAAAAUAAUCAAUUAUUUUUGAAUAAAUGUCAAGAAAUAUUUAGCAAUUUAUCAACUAAUAAUGAAAAUUUAGAUGAAAAUAAACAAUUAUUGUCAUUAGAUGCUCAAGUUGAAUUAACAACAAGUUUAAAUAAGAUAUUAACAAAAAUAAAAUAUAGUCGAUAA